ACACAACCUGCGGCUUCGUCAUCAUCGACCCCCGGUAUAACACGCUCGGCAGCCUCUUCGCUACGUUGCUAACCAAACGACCGAUCAUAAACCAGCCACACUGGCCCGAGAUGUGAACCAGCCAGUCAGCGAAGACAGGAAACAACCCGGCGAGCCGUUGAAUGCGUGUCACUUACGUAUGAAAGAACUAAAGGACACUACUUCCGCAAUUGGGCUCACUAGCCAAUGAGAUUUCAGGAGGGCGUGACGUACGGGUGUGUUUUUUUUCCUCCCAAACAAGGGGUCGGGUGACGCCACUCCCCUGUCUUUCCAGCAUCAGCACCUCCAAACCAAAUCCACCGAGGCGAACCGCACCGAGAACAGGAUGCUAUCGGGUCCACGGCCAGGAUCCAGAUACUGUCACUGUUGUUUUUUCUCACAUUUAUAUCGCCUCGUUCAUGAUGUACCAUUCAUGCAUCUGUAAGAAUGGAAGCAGGCGGAGAGCUUUAAAAUAGCCUCUCCCAUCACAAGCCACUUUGCUGGCCUUCGCUCGUUUGAUGGAGCUCCUUUUUCAUUUAGGUCAAAGUGAUGCAGAGCGGGGGUUUAUCUUUUGAGGACACCGCACGAAUGUAGCGCUAAUAGAAGGGAGCCAGGCAAAAAAAAACAAAAGGCAUCCAUCCCCCUUCUUCCUCUGGCGCACCUGGCAUCCCCGUCGCCCCUUGACAUGACAGCAGCGCGGAACCGGGAGCAGAGCAGCAGCAGCAGCAGGAUCGAGCGGCACCGUGCAGCCGGACGUGUGGACUCGACAAGGAAUAAAGGAGCCUCCGGACGCACGGCGGAGAAUCAGCAGCAGCAGCCUCGGGCAGGCCGGAUUGCAGUUUGCGGGGACGAGCGCCAAGGGCAGUGCGGCAGUCAGCAAGCAGACCGGUGGGAGGAGGAGGCUGCAGUGAUCUGUGAUACUUCCCAGCUAGUCCCUCCGCUGCCCUUUCACCUCCAUAGCAUCUCCAAUAUAUGCUAGUGUAAGCUGAUUUUUUUUUAAUGUUUGAUGAAUGGUGGGUGCUUUUCUUACCACCGCUUCCCUCCGAAACUGUCAGAGAUGAGAAGCUAUUAAAAGCCAUUCUUUCAGGCAAGGGUGGAACCUGAAGGGGACUGAUGUGCAUGUUGGCCAGGUGUCAUUUCCUCCCUUGGUUUUUCUUCACUCUGCUGGUCAGCUGCACUAUGGGAUGUAUUCAAAGCAUCGCGUGCAAGCCCCGCAUCAGACGGGAGAAUAUUGUGGUGUAUGAGGUGUCAGCGUCUAUUGACCAGUGCCCCACUAUCAUUGAGGAGAACUCACCCAUCGUACUUCGCUACAAGACGCCGUACUUUAGAGCUUCGGCAGGCGUUGUCAUGCCACCGGUGCCGCGGAAUGAAACUUGGGUGGUGGGCUGGAUCCAAGCCUGCACCCAAAUGGAGUUCUACAACACAUACGGUGACAUCGGCAUGUCCAGUUGGGAGUUGCCGGAGCUGCGAGAGGGUCGGGUCAAGGCCAUCAGCGACUCAGACGGCGUUAGCUAUCCCUGGUACGGAAACACCACCGAGACGGUCACACUCACCGGUCCCACAUCGAAACCAUCCCGCUUGACGGUCAGCAUGAACGACAACUUCUACCCGAGCGUGACCUGGGCUGUUCCCAUCAGCAACAGCAACACACCCAUGCUGACCCACAUCACCAGGGAUCAGAGCUUCAUCACCUGGCUGGUGGCCAUGAACUCCAUCACUAAGGAGCGUAUUGUACUUCAGACGGUGCAGUGGCGUAUGAGGGUGGACAUCACCGUCGACCCCGACAUGCCACUCGGCUCCCGAGCCUCACUUGUGGGUCGUCCUUAUCAGGAGCAGCCGCACAUCCUCAACUACCAGGAGCCCAUCCCUCCCAACGCCCUGGGGAGGCCAAACGCCAAUGAUGCCCAAGUGCUAAUGUGGAGACCGCGGCGAGGGGCGCCACUAGUCGUUAUACCGCCAAAAUAAGAACCUCGGAUGUUUUGUUAUUGUCUCUUCUUGAAGGUGUUAAAGCCAAACAAGCGAUGAGUGGUUCAGAAUGAACGUCUGCAGAGAACUGGCGUUACAUCAAGUGUUAUUUGGCCAAGAGUUGCAUUUAAAGAGCUUUGCCAGCAUUUUUACAACUAAUGAACCCUUUUUAGAUGCACCAACAGAGGUAUUUGACCCCAAAUGAGAACUGCAUCCUGCAUCCUUAUGUAGAUCCUAUUUGCAUGCGAUGAGCAAAACCGUUCUUGACAAGAUUAAGAAUCGUAAUUGUUUUGUAUACUUUGAGGACUUUUUGUGAUUUUGAGAAGUCACAUCAGCUAAAAAGAAACAAACAGCAGGCUGAUGAUACCUCUUCAGUGCCAUUAAAGGCCUUCAGCACACUCAUUUUCAGAGUUAAAGAAUGUAUUAAGAUGAAUUUAAAAGAUGGUUUUAGGUUAAGAGUGUGUAUCAGUCUUUAAGUCAGAAGGAAAUUUGCAUCACUGGAGUUUAUAGCACAAUGAGAAAGCAUUGGGUAACACAUUUAAAAACAAAACGCUAAUUGCACAUGUCGCAUUUGGAACCAGGACGAACUCUACUUAAAUAGUUAAGCGAAUGUUACGCUAAUCAGGCCAUCUUGUCAUCGCAUACAUUUUUAGACAAUCAGGGAAUCCGAAGCGGAAUUAAAAACAGAACAUAUAUUUGACACAAGGAUGGAUCGUUGUUAACAUUUCAUCCACUCAUCUGCGGUGAAUAUCUGCAGAUAAUCACCAAUGAAAGCCUUCCUGUGUCGUGGGUUCUGAUCCGGUUCAUGCUGAGCUCCGUCCGUCCGUCCGUGUGUCUUUGCCCUGCCACUCCACAAACAAGUCACAUGACUUAUCUUCCAUCUGUGCUUCUCUCCAGGUUCACGUCUCACCCAUACCCAUCUGCCUCAUUUCUCUUGUCCACCACCUCAGCGCACCAACACACUACCUCCAUUCCAAACUGCUCAUUUGCUCUGAAGGCCACAACUAUGCAAAGGUUGUCUGAGUGUAUAUAUAAAAAAAAUAAUAAUAAUAAUCUGGAAAAUUUUUCAUCUGCAGUUGUUUGUAAGGGAUGUUUGUUGAAUAAAAUGGCCAAUACUACCAUGUAAAUACCUAAAAAAGAUACUCUUGAGAUGUAUUGAUUCACCUUCGUGUGUUUGCUGUAGAGCAGCUCAUUCAGCAACAUUUGUCUGUUGCUAUAGAGACUGCUUUGGGUUUCUCAGAGUGCAGUGGAAUUACAAAAAAAAUGUUCAAAGUAUCCAUCUAUGUGUGUGUGUGUGUAUGUGAAAGAGAAAGAUUCACACAAGUCAUUAUGUUCAUUUUUAUGUGAAGAAUGAAAAAAAAUGGAAUUUAUUCAUUUGUUGCUACUCACAGACAUCAAUUUGCCACUCGGAGGAACGUCCUCCUUAUUGCAGAAUGGCUGCUUUUUAUUCCACCACUAGAUGGAAGCUCAGUCAAGAAUUCUCUCCUUGAAACGCCCAUUUUUUUUAACACAAACACUCCCUUGUAACCAACAACCAGGCCUUUAUAUAUAUGGAUU